AUGAGAAGUACGGUUGGCUUGCGCGAGCUGGCAGGUCCAGGGCCUGGGAGCCUCCGACUCAUCAAUGAUGGGGGUCAGACAGGGAUUAGCUACGAACCAUAUUGCUAUCAUUGCUACAGAAGAGAGUCUCAACUUGAAGAUGGGGCGAAGUUGAACGCCUGCCAAUACUGCUUUCUCACCUCAUUCUGCCCCUCCUGCCAGCAAACACAUCCUUCAGCGGAGUGCGCCACCUUGCAAGAUAUUGCGGCCGACGACAAGAUUAUUGUAGAUCUCCGCCGGCGAACGGGAAAGAGCUCGACCAUUUCUUUCACCAAAUUUCCCAGAAAACAACAUUUUUUACUCUCUUCCGCAAAGGACUGGUAUGACUACUACACGAGGCUCUCAGACAUGGGUGGCUUCAGGUCCAAAAUGAACCGAGAUCUGAAGUACCUCGCAAACGACCCCAAAGAACGAGAAUUCGUCGAAUAUAUGAGAUGCGGUACUAACACGACAACAAUUCAACUUACCUUAAUCGCUGCCUUGGAGGCGGCGAUACCCAAUGUCAGCACUCGGGGUUCGAUCAACCUUCACAUUAUAGGCGCAGCUGGAGCUGAAUUUGCCUCUGUUCCUGCAUUCGAGGAGCUAUUGCACUUUCUACCAUCGCUGACUGCCCUUCGGUUAUCUUUCGUGGGUCUGAAUGUGCUCGAGGACCUUAAACACGACACAGAAACCCAGAAUCCACACACACUUCAGUGCUGCACCACGUGUACCAAGAUGGGACGGACGAUUUCCAUUACCACCUGGAGAGGUCCAUAUCACGCAUACGUCGAUACCGAAUUCUACAAGACGCCAGAUCUAGCAGCAGCCUUCCACUCAGGGUUUUCGGUAGACGAACAAGCGGACUGGUAUCCAACCAUCAAGUAUCUUGCACAUGCUCCACAUCCAACACUCCUUACUGCGGCCAGAUACUUUGAGAUUCAGGGACAUAUGGGAGUUUGGAAGAAUCUGGGGGCUGAAUUUGUGAAGAACGCUGAAUUAAAUAAGUGGAAGGGGAUGUCUCCUUCGCUUGCAGUCUGUGGGGACAAGCCGAACGAGGUCGUCUAUCAAAAUUAUUGGUGGUAUAUCGUGAAACAAAGGUAA